ACGUCGCUGGUAAAGCCGCUCCAUCCACGCGCCACCGCCGCUUUCACCUGGUCGGCGGAAACGUGUAUGGAGGGGCUUUAGUCGCUGGCUGGCUCCGGAACGCCUCGGCGGCCGCCGUUCGCGCACUCUACAAAAGAGUGACGCGCACCGUACUUCUCCUGCUGGCUGAACCACCCCGAUUGCAGCUCUCGUAAACAUUCCAGUUCCAGCGCUCCUAUGGGUAGGCCACACAGAGUUACGGCUUCCGAUGAACAGCGUGAAUACUAGGAAAGUCCAAGGGGACAGAAACGUCAAUGUCAACAACGGCGUCGCGCACGUGUCACAGAUAAAAAUCCUGCCCGAGAUGCCGAGCGCAAGCGCCAAGCCAGGGAGGACCCGGACGUUCUUCCUCAAGAAGCUCAGCGCGAUUGACAGGCCCGGCAGGAUGAGGGUGUCCGCGCCAGAGAUGCCGAGCGCAAGCGACGAGCCCGCUAAGACGACGAUGAGCGCCGGCAGGCUGAGGACGCUGCGAAACGACAUAAGUGCCACGUGGAUCAGUUGGCCAAUUUCAAGGGGGCCAACUCCAAAUUCAAGCGUCAGUUCCUGGGCCACGCAUCUGGUGUAUUGUGCAGCUUAAGUGACCGCCUGUGGUAUGAAACUGACUUGUAUAUUUCGAGAAUGAAGGACACUGCGAGAAGGAAACGGCCCUCUUUAUUCUCCGGGAUGUGUUUACCAACGAAAACGUUACGAACUUUAGAGUGUGCACUGCGAAAAUUGUCAUGGAACCCAUAACGAUCUACCACAGCGCCUACAAAAUGAUUAUCACUGCCAUUACUCUAAUAUGAUAAAACAUCUCAUACUUCUAUCAGCAGGUGUAGUAGCCGUGCAACAGAUUCGCUGUACUACAGUUGGACUAGAGUGUACUAGAAUACGUUGGACCAUGAGUUGGACGGAUGUCCACUUUCGCCGGGCCGUGUUCACGGUCCGGGAUCUAGGAAUUGGAAUCGAUCAGACAACGUCAUAGAUCUCAUUGCAUUAUUAUAGUUGGUAGUAAAUGCACUUCUAGCUUUUUCCUUGCUUGAACGUGCGAAAUUUGCAACGCGAAAAUGGCAAGAAAUGCGGGAAUUUUCACGGCGGACAUAUUAUGGAUAUAUUUAUGAACUGCACAGCGUCAUCGAUAUCAACUCAAGUGAGCGCGCUUUCUGGAUGCAUCUUGCUAGGCUGCUAGCUUGGUUCAGAAGUUCGUGUUUACCGGAUAUUACUUUGAGCGCAAUCGGUGUCUUCGCGAUGGUUUUGUGUUCUUCUGUGGAAAUUUGUGUAUAUGCGGUUGUGCUUUGACAUAUGGAUAUGAACGGUGCCGACUCUUACGCAAAGAACGAUGAAAGCGAGGCGCCGGCAUUGGCGUUCAAGUUGCAGUUGAUGAACACCGGCCAGUUUGGCAGUGACAAGUUAUCCCUUGACGCUAUCCGAAAACUUCACCGUCAAGUGCAGUACGCCAGAGCGUCCGGCGUUAUUUCUGCACCUUGUGAGAGCUUGCUGUUGAAUCAUUUUGCUGAGAAAGGAAAUAGCCACGUCGACAGCUUGGAUGGCCUCAACAACUUCUCGAGUGCUGUUACCCACUCUGCCCAGACCUCAAAAAACUAUGCUGACCAGUGGCGCUCGCAGCUUGUGAAAUUAAGUGACGAGGAGCUUUUAGGAUUCCUGCCCGACAGACUCGGCAACGACCAGACUGGUGGGGGCGAUGCCAGAGAUGAAUAUGAAGUCUUUAUCGAAAUGAUGAAACGGAAGCCCCUUGCGCCAAAAAGGUCAGGCAGUAUGCUGGGCAGGAGCGAGCCUUCCAGACCGUUGAGAGAAGUGCAAGCAGUCAGCACAACAGAGUUGCCACUGAGAAACAAGCUGGUGAAUGGCACAGCUGCAUCUUUAAAUUUCUCUGCUGAAAGUUCCAGACGAAAUAUUGGGGAAUCUCGGUACAGGAGCAACGUUCAUCAGGAGGGAAAACCAAGCCCACGAGGAAGCGUGCCAUCCAGCGUUCCCACCUUUCUCACGGCCAGGGAGCAAUUGCAAGUUGAACAGCAGAAGGCCAAUGGAGGGCUGGCUCGUAGCUGUAGCACUAAAACCUUGGGAGGAAAAAGAACCCUGACCAGCAAAUUUGUGCAGCCCUUGCUCCGAUCGAACGGAAGCAAUGCUGCUAGCUCGCCGAGUACAUCCAGCGUUGAGAACUGCAACGGCUUGGAGGAGUGUGAGGCACUUAAGAAUAUAGACGCUAAGCUGAUUGAGCUCGUCAAAAGUGAGAUAAUGGACAAUGGCCCAGGUGUUCACUGGGAUGAUAUAGCAGGACUGGAGUUCGCCAAGCAGAGUGUCAAGGAAAUGGUGGUUUGGCCAAUGUUGAGACCUGACAUCUUCACAGGUCUGAGGCAGCCUCCCAAGGGACUGCUGCUGUUUGGUCCUCCAGGCACAGGAAAAACACUGAUAGGAAAAUGCAUUGCCUCUCAGGCUGGCGCAACAUUCUUCUGCAUAAGUGCCUCUUCCCUGACAUCAAAAUGGGUUGGUGAAGGAGAGAAGAUGGUGCGAGCACUGUUUGCCGUAGCAAGGAGCUGCCAGCCUGCUGUGGUAUUCAUAGACGAGAUUGACUCCCUUCUCUCACAACGCUCCGAAACAGAGCACGAGUCCUCGCGGCGCAUCAAGACAGAGUUCCUCGUACAGCUGGAUGGAGCCAGUACGAAAGGAGAUGAGCGGCUUCUCAUCGUGGGUGCCACAAACAGGCCUAAAGAGCUUGACGAGGCAGCCCGGCGGCGCCUGGCAAAGCGUUUGUACAUCCCUCUGCCCGAAAAAGCAGCCCGGCGGCAGAUGGUGUGCCGCCUCCUGGCUCAGGUGAAGCACUGCCUUGGUGACGAGGACAUUGACACCGUGGCAGCGCUGACCCAGGGCUAUUCAGGGGCUGACAUGGCCCAACUCUGCAAGGAGGCUGCCUUGGGGCCCAUCCGGAGCCUCAGCUUCGAGACCCUUCAGCACAUCACAGAACAGCAGGUUCGUCCAGUGGCAUUCAAAGACUUCGAAGAAGCGCUGUGUCAAGUGAGAGCUAGCGUGUCCCAAGACGACCUCCACGGUUACGUCGAGUGGAACUCAAUGUACGGCAGCACACCGGCAGUUCCAGUGACAGACUAACACUAGUUAUUUUAAGUUGGCAAGCGUUUUUGUCUGUACAUAAAUGUACACAAAUAAAGAUGGGAUGUUCCUGCUUCUCGCAUGGCCAAAUUCAUGGGCCUACCACCAACGAAAUGGGUGGCAAUGUUCAAGUUCUCCACACGAUUCGCUUCCGAGGUGGUGCAGAAGAUUGUCCGAAACAAUAAACAAGCAAUUGGUGCACUCCAUUUAAUCGUCAAUUCCAUUAAAUAUAUUGUACAAAGGUGGAGACAUUUAAAGAACAUCAACUGUAGACACCAGAACAACAAAAACAAAAGAAAAAUAGCUCCAAGUCCGGCAACACGUUUCUGCAGCAGUAAGUGCGAGGAUGACUUCUCCACUAUUGCAACACAGAACAGGCG